CUCUCAUCUACCAGGUCUCACAUACCGUGGACAACCUGAGCGUUACUUCGUCUAUGAUUGGAAUAGUCAGAAUGAAACUAAAUCCACUCCUUGCGGUUUUGUCUGCGGCAGCAAUCGGAUUCUUCAUCGGCGUUUCUUUUCCUGUACAAAUCACACCAAAGGUAUUCCCGUUCAGCUUUGGUGACGGGAACUGCACCUUCGUUGCCAGCUACGUACUUGGCAGAUUCUCGACGCAGAUCAGAAACGACACUUCUACUGUGGACAGGACUCCACUCCUGCAGUCAAAUGCCACUUCACAGAAGGUUGUUGCACCGGCAAAGCCGAAAGGCGCAGAGAGGCUACCACCAAACGUCGUAGUUCGAGAGUCUGAUCUUCACAUGCGCCGGCUGUGGGGACACCCGCGAGAGGACACCCCAACUCGCAAGUACCUUUUGGUGCUGACGGUUGGUUACAGUGACAAGGUCAACGUCAACGCCACUGUUCGCAAGUUCUCGGAAAAUUUCGACGUGAUGCUAUUCCACUAUGACGGGCGGACAACGGAGUGGGACGAGUUCGAGUGGUCCAAGCAGGCCGUCCAUGUCAGCGCCAGGAAGCAGGCCAAAUGGUGGUACGCCAAGAGGUUCAUGCACCCAAGCAUCGUGGCGCCGUAUGAGUACAUCUUCAUCUGGGACCAGGACCUCGGCUCCGAGACCUUCGACGCGGAGGAAUACAUCAAGAUUGUGAGGAGGCACGGGCUGGAGAUCUCGCAGCCCGGCAUGGACAUCACCCGGGGGGUGAAGACCUACGACAUCAACGUCAGGAGGAACGACACCGAGAUACACACGUCGACGUCUGCCGGGAAGUGCAGUACCGACUUGCACAAGCGGCCGUGCAGCGCGUUCGUGGAGGUGAACGGGCCCGUCUUCACGAGGGAGGCAUGGGCGUGCGUCUGGCACAUGAUACAGAACGACCUCGUCCAUGGCUGGGGUCUCGACUGGAACUUCUGGAGAUGCGUCGACGAGCCUGAGGAGCAGAUCGGCAUCGUGGACGCGCAGUACGUGGCGCAUCACGCGGGGUUUACGCUGGGGAACCCGGGCAAUGAAACCGCGGAUGGAAGCCGCCGCAAGGUGAGGCUCCGGGCGUCAGCGGAGUUCGGCAUGUUCAAAGCAAGAUUGCACAACGCGGACAAGGCCCAGGCAGCUGCUCUUCUUGCCCAAUCGAAUGCAGACCCACGCGAUCAGAGUCGUCGUUAGGGAGAGAUGUGAUUGAGCUACACAUACCCCCAAAGAAUUAUUGUUGUCGACACUGUGGGCCAAACAGAUACCCUGUGAUUAAUUAUGAAGAUGAAUAUAAGUCCAAUUGCUAAGGUUGAUUCACAA